AUGAAGAGUUUGUUCGUUUGCUUGCUACUGGCGUUGGCUGGCCAGUCUCUAGCUCAAAGCCAAAAUGAUUUCUUGGAGUACUUGAUGGAAAUACAGAGCCGUGCCGAAGAAGUUCACCAGAUGAUGGAAGAUACGUUCGACGAUAUUCGCUUCCAGAUGAGCGACCAGCUGGUUGAGCUGAACCGUCAGUUGAUUGCCCACAUGAACGAAGCUCUCGAGCAGAUUGAAGAUGUGCGCGAGGAAACGGAAGAAUUCGUUGGUGAAUCGUCGGCACCUGGUGCGUGCGUGGAUGUGGCCGUUGCCAACUGGGCCAAUGAGAUCGAGUGGGCAGGACGGGCUCUGUCGAACUGUGCCAGUCGUGCUAACAUUGAGAUCACUUCCCGCACCGCCAACGUUCAUGCUGCCUUGGAAGCUGCUCAGGUUGCGUCGACGGAGCUGCAGAACAUCGUUGUUCGUGGAUUCAUUGACUGGAACGCGAUUGACUACACCGAAGAGCUGUCGGACAUUGUUGGAGCUCAGAUCGACGACAGGGAAGACUACUUCCACAGAAUUACCCACCCUAACCUGGAGCGCGUGCUGGAAACGGUUGCCGAUCUGGAUGACAAUCUGUUACCGGAGAUCGUGACCUGCGUCGAUCGUGGUGUUGAGCGUUUCAGAAACUACGGACAGGUUAUCCGUGACACGCUGUUCUUCUGCUCGCAAUAA